AUGCCCAGUGUCAGACGAUUGAAUCUAGAUGCCCAGGAGAACUUUGAAGAGGCGCCACAGAGAUUAAGACAGGCUUGGGGUUGGGGAGGAGAUGACGCUGACGGUGACAUGCGCGUAUUUGCAGAUUGGUUCGAAGAGAUUGUAGACGACUUAAUAGAGCUCUAUAACGACGGUGAUGCUUGGGACGAGACUUGCGAGUAUGCCCUGGAGGGUUGUUCGGAAAUGCUCGAGCUCACACAUGUCAAUCACGGACGACAUAUUGGACAGAUAGUCAGAUUACGUCGGGUGCUUGCUCCAGGUAUAACAUUUUACGAUUGGCCAUGCGACGUAUCUAGGUAUUACAAUGAUAACGAAGAGGAUUUCGAAGGUGUUUUCCAUAUGGAUCUAUGA